AUGGAGAGGUAGAGGGCAGAGGAAAAGGAGGAGAGCAGGCGAGGCCUAGCGAAGCACAUAUUACAGAGGGAUUUCUACUAAUGAGAAUGGAGAUAAAGGGGUGCAUCUGACAAGAUCUAGAUGACCACCUGGAACUUCAGUUCUCACCAAAGUAUUGAAUCUCAGCCUUACUGAGAAGAAGCCAGUCAUAUUAUCCUCAAAUUUUAACCCAGGAUGACUUCUCCUACUAAAGAAGGAAGUGAUCCAGCUGACAAUAUUCUCAAAAAUUCUGAAAAUGAGGCUCCAAAUGACUGUAAUACAGACAUAGAGCCUCUAUCUGCAGAUACCAAUAUUAUCUCUCAGGUGGAAAACAACCCAAUAAAUAGGGAACCAGACACAACCACCUCCCAGGAGGAUGUUCCUCAAGCAGCAGAAAGCAGUGAGCUUGAAACAGAGAAGAUUCAAAAAGACACUGAAAAAGAAAAUAUAAAAGAAGAAGAGUCUUUUCUAAUUCAGAUCCCCAUUCCUAGAAAAUGGAUCUUUCUUAUGUCAGGAUCAGAUAGAAUUAACUACAUGAGUAUUCCACUAGUAAAAAUUAAUAAAAACAGUCCCUUAACUGAAAGAUCAAGAUUCUACUCAGGGAAAGUGGAGAUGAAAGCAAGUGAUUUCCCUCAUAGCACCAUAAAUUACAAAAUUCCUCUCCAACUUUCAAUUUCAUGGAGAAUCCCAUUUAUUAACAAUCAUGAGAUAAGAAGAAUGAUUCUCCGUCUGCUCUGUGGGAGACAGUUCUCUCAGUCUACAGGUCGCCCAAAUACCACAUGGGUAAAGCAAAAAUAUAUAGCAUUUCUUCCUCGCCCAAAUAUCCUCAUCCAUGAUGAGAGAGCAAUAAUAUUUGGAAGGCCUUUGAGGGUGUACUACUACCGUCCCCUAAUUGAGAGAAUGACAUCAGGAAAAUUUUACAAAUCAACUGACACUAAGGGGAAGGAUGGAUUUUACAUUUUUGUGAGGCCCGUGUUCUAUAUCCAACGGACCCAAAUUCAAAACACAUUUACUGGAAAAGCUUUUGAGAAUCAUUUGAGAUCUCACCAUGAGAUGAGGGUUGUGAUCAUAAGUACCAACAAUGGUUGGAAAUACCUGUGUCCCAUAUGUGGGUGUAGUUUCAACAAUUUGGUUGAAUUUAGGCAGCAUUCCUGCAGCUUUCCUGGGAAUUAAAUUAAAUUGGGGUGAAUUCAUUUUAAAAUGUAACUUCUAAAAAUUCAUAAUUUGACUACCAAAGUGAUAAAAAAUUGCAUGAACAUAAAUUUUAUUAGUAUUAGAUGAAGUUGCAGAAAUAAAAUAUUUCCCUAUUUUAAAUUUUAUAUGCUAUUUGAAUUUUUAUCUCAUUUUCUUUUGAUUAUAAAAUAUAGUUUUGCAAAAAUAUAAGUCAUCAAGUAGAAAUUCACAAAUUAAUAGAAUUUCUCAGUAAGAAACAUCUUUGGGGAGAAAGGAAACUUGUGUAUUUUUACAAACAGAUCAAAAUAUUCAGUCCUUGAUAUAUAUUAAGUCAGCAAUUGAACCAUGAAAAUGUUUGUACUUCCUUAACAUCUAUUUCUGCAGAUAGGAAUAUUGUUAACAACAGAUUCCAAGUUAACAGAAUCCUGAUAAAGAUAGCAAACAUAUAUUGGAGGGCUAGACAAAGUCCUACCAAGUGUUUCCAGAGAUUCUGUGAAAUUUAAUAUCUGAAAUGUUCA